AUGGUCACCACCGCAGACCCCAUACAUGACCGAGUGAGCGAAUUGAGAGCAUUUGAUGAGACGAAGGCUGGAGUCAAAGGCCUUGUGGAUGCCGGGAUCACCCUAGUCCCCCAUAUAUUUGUCCGGCCGCCCGACACCAUGGCCUGCGGCGAGGAUCACGUGGACAUCCCAAUGGUCGACCUAGGAUGCAUGAAUGCAGGCCCCACCCGUCACGAGGAGACAGUGUGGAAUAUGGGGCUAGCAAUGGAAAAAUGGGGUUUCUUGCGGGUGAUCAACCAUGGGGUCCCUAAGACCCUCGUGGAGGAGGUGAUAGAGGGGUCGCACAGGUUCUUCGAGCAGGAGAUGGAGGCCAAGAAAGGAUUCUACACCAGAGAUUUUACGAUGAGAGUCAUAUACAACAGCAACAUGGCCCUUUAUAAUUCGCAGCUGCUGAUUGGAGGGACAGUAUAUUUUGCACCAUGGGACCAGAGUCUCCCCAGCCUGAGGAGUUGCCCGAAGCUUGCAGAUCAAAUUGGAGGACUUCAAGUACUUCAUGAGAACAAGUGGAUCGAUGUUCCUCCAAUACCUGGAGCACUAGUGAUCAACAUCGGAGAUCAAUUGCAGCUCAUAACAAAUGACCGGUUUAAGAGUGUCGAGCACCAAGUCAGCGGCAUGCUUUUCCGGCCACACUUCUCAGCCAUCUUCGAGGCUGUAUGA